AUGCCUGAUAUGCCAGUCGUGGUCGAGCAGCCAAAGAUCUUCAGGGUGGAGAUGGAAAGCAAUGACGUUCCAACACCACUUUCCUCGUACCCGGGCUUCACCUCGCCUCGCAAGUCAAAGAGAAAGCAUAGACCGGCGCCUCUAGACACAGAAGCUCUAAGCCGGAGAACAUCGCUCGAACUACCUUGCCUGGGAGGAGUCCUUACUUCGCCUUCGCCAACAUACCUACCAUCAGCAGUCGACCUCAGCUUCCUGGAUCUGGUCAAAGGAAGAGAUCCUGAGACACUAUCUCGAAACCCAAGCGUCAUACAGCUGCCCAACAGCAGAUUCUCAAACUCAACAUCCGGCACUGACUCUCCCGCUACAAUGACAACGACAAGCACAUUGCGCAGCUCCCUCUCCGUUCCCAACAUCUGCGGCCUCCUCACAUCACCCUCACCAACAUUCCUCAAUUACGCCACUGGUAACGACUUCGAUUUCUUCAGCCUCAUCCGCUGCCGCGACCCCGAAACCCUCGCUGCCGCCAGCAAGGUCCCAUCUUCACGCCGGGGCACUGUAAUCUCCAUCCCAGACUCGAUCCCCGAAGACCACGGCGUCAGUUUCCCGACCUCUCGUCGUGCGACUCUAGCACACGCUCGCUAUCACUCCGUUGAAAUCAGCGAAGCCAGCACAGCAUCAGUACAGACCGUCCAGCGCAUCAACGCGGGCGAAGUACGCCGACGGCCCAGCAUGGCACCCUCCGCCGCCUCCACAACCUCUGCUUUCCUGUGUCCACCCGUCCACGGCGAGGACUCUCAAGGCACAUCAAUGUACUUCCACGUCAUGACCUCUGGGCAAUUCAGAAGCACGGCCGAGACUGCAGCCAAAGCCUUGGAGGUCGAAGACGCGCCUCUGAGUCCCAUGUCUUCUGGACCAGCGCCGAAGUUGGUGCUCAGGGAACAGCAUGAGUAUUUCGGCUUCAGUCCUGUUUUCGAUGGCGGAUUCGGAGAUCUGACGGCGAAGGAGAGGAUUGAUUCUUCUCAAGCUGCUACACUGAAGAAGGAUGAGUGA